AGGCUCGGUACCGAGGCUCGAGCCAAUGGCUGGCCUUUGCCAGAGCGAGCUCAUAGGGUUGUCCGCUAAUUGCGCGGAAAGGAAAUGGCAUCUCCCUCCAGCUAUGGGUGCUCGCUGUCCAGCAGCCGGGCGCUCUCCACUAGCACGCGGAUCCUCGCGCUCAAUCCACGCAGGCAAAAUGUGAGUGCGAAUGCGCAGGGUUUUAGAUGCGUUCUAGUCACCACCGUCAAGGAGCCCAGCGAGCCCAGAGCUGCUAAAAGGCGUGUUGGAAGCGGCACGAAGCUAAUCGGCUGUGGCUCGGCGGUGCCCAAGCAAGUGAUCCACAACGAUGACUUGUCUAAGUUCCUGGACACCUCCAACGAGUGGAUCCUCCCUCGGACUGGGAUCGAACAGCGCCGCGUCCUCUCAGGUGAGGAGACUCUCAAGGGCCUGGCUGUGGAUGCAUGCAAGAGGGCUCUGGAAAUGGCGAAAGUAGAGCCUGAAGAUCUCGAUCUCAUCCUGUUUUGCACAUCCUCUGCGGAAGAUACGUUCGGUGGUGCUCCCGAGAUCCAGCGCGAGCUCAGCUGCUCCAACGCGCUCGCCUUCGACUUAACUGCGGCAUGUAGCGGCUUCGUCGUGGGCCUCGUUACUGCUACACGAUAUAUCAAAGGAGGUGGAUACAAGACGGCUCUCGUGGUUGGCGCCGAUGCACUGUCGAGAUAUGUCGACUGGAGCGAUCGAUCGACGUGUAUUCUUUUCGGGGACGGCGCUGGAGCUGUGGUUUUACAGGCGUGCAGCGAGGACGAGGACAGUUUGCUUGGCUUUGAUAUGCACACCGAUGGAAGCGGACAAAAACACCUCCACGCAAGGAUCGAGCCAGCGGAGGACGCAAAGAUCCUCCACAAUGGAAAUGGAUCCACAACCAUCAGCACUCCUGCGAGACCACCAUCGUAUCAAUGCGUCCAGAUGAACGGGAGAGAGGUGUUUCGAUUUGCUGUACGCUCGGUUCCUCAAGUUGUGGAGGCCGCGUUGCAAGAGGCCGGUCUCGAGAAUCACCACAUCGAUUGGCUUCUACUCCACCAGGCAAACCAAAGAAUCAUAGACGCAGUGUCCGAGAGAUUGGCGAUAUCGCAGGAAAGAGUGUUAUCCAACUUGGUAAACUAUGGCAACACGAGUGCCGCGUCCAUUCCUCUGGCGCUGGACGAGGCGGUCCGGAGUGGCAAAGUGAAGCGCGGCGACGUGAUCGCCUCCGCGGGUUUUGGAGCUGGUCUUACGUGGGCGAGCGCCAUUUUCAAGUGGGGAUAGAUGAUAGCUAGAUAAUCGCGUAGCUAUUCUUUAUUUCUCUGGAAAUAAUACUAUUCUUUUUGGAA